CCUCACAGUCCAAGACUGUCCUUAACUUACCACUUGCGAACUAUGUCAAAGCGGCCUAUACCCGACUCAUCCCUCGUUGACACCACACGCUCAGUUCGGCAGAAACUGCAAGGCGAUAGCAAUGUUCACGCUGACAAGAAUGCUGACAAGCCUAAGCGUUCGAGUGAGGGCCGUCAAUCGUCCAACCAAUCUCAACUCGAGGUCCAGGUCAAGCGAGAGCCUCAGGAGUUGGAAGAGGUUGAACGCGUACUUACUCUAGGCGAGUCGUCAAUGACGACGGAAAGACCACCGUCAACCGCUAAUGUCAAUAUCAAUGACCGGCUGCCUUCAACGUCCACGAGUCAAAGAGCCGUUCCCAUCCCUCAGACUUCCGGUGUCACUGUAUCUGGCAGCUCCAAUUCGAACGUAUCCAGGCUCAGCAAAACAUCCCACCCCGCUGAGAACGUCGUAGACGAAUAUCGACGGAGGAAAGAGAUGAUUGACGAAUUGACACAAAAGCAGCUCGAGGCUUUGAAAGAUAUUAAUGAGAUGGUAACCCAUGAUCGAGAGGGUGAGCGAGUCAAGCUCCUCGAGAAAGAGAAGGAGAAGAUGGCGAUGAGGAUAGAAAUGCUCGUGGUAGAACGUGACACUGCGGAGCGUCGUAUUCAUAAGUUCGAGAAGGAGAGGGAACAACAACGCCAGAAGUAUCGGGACUGCCAGGAGAGGCUGAACAAAAAGCGGAAAUUGGUAGAAAAAAAUAUGCAGGAGCGAGAUAUUCUUGCUCUUGAGACUAGAAGGCUGGGGGAUGGGACACGAGUUGUUCAAGAGCAACUGAAGAGAUCGGAGGAGGAAAUAGUUGCCUUGACAACACGACUUGAAGAAAAGUACGACGAGAAUCUGAUGCUCAAAAGUCAGGUUGCGCAGAUUCACGGAGAAGCUGAGCUGUUGCGAAGAGAGAGAGCGAUGGCAAACUGUGAGCUUGCGGAAGUGAAAGGGAAGAUGAAGAAUCUUCAAGCCGACCUGGAUACCGUUGUUCGGCGACAUUCUCAGGCCCUGCCUAGAAAGCUCAGGAUCCGUCAUAAGUAAUGCUACUUAGCGUUGGAUGGACUUGAAAGCUCUAUAAUCACAAUCCCGCUUCACUGUACCCAUAAACUUCUUAGUGAUAAUUCUUCAUCGCAUAAAGCCUUUGUAGAUCAUCGGAUAACUGAGCUGACCGCCCCUUAGUCAGG